GUCAGAAUCUACUAAAGUGGGUUGGCUGGGGAUGACUUCAAUUUCAACUGUAGUUGAGAAUGUCCAGUUGGUUGGGGAACAGAUUUUUGAUCAUAUAGAUUUAAUAAGGAAAGAAACUAACAAGUUUUUGGACAAUUUUGAGCGAAAUGAGCGUCACAAAGAGUUUGACGGUAUUAUCCGUGCUAGUCAUUCGUUAGUGGAAGCAGCUAAUUCUCCACUACAAAUAGUACUAGCAAAAGAUGACUUGCGACGACUUAAUGAUCAAAUUAAGAAAACGACAGCUGCUUUAUCUCAGUCCAUGCUUGUUUCCUAUCAAAAAGAACAUGACGAUUAUUUGGAAGCAAUCAGAAACAAUCAGAAACAACAGAAAGAAAUUGUAGAAUCAGCAAUUAAACUACAACAACAAGCGUUGAAACUGGGUAAUGUGAAUUCAGAUGAUAUACUCACCUCUCCGGAUAUAUCCAAUACUAUUGAAGUUGAUCUUAAUUAAGA